CUGGCUUUCACGACCGCCUGCAUUCCACUGGACCUAGCAACGAUCAAGCUUGUUGGACGCACCGGCCAAGAUCAACUUCGCCGAAUCUUCGAUAAUCUUAAAAUCAUCCUCGAGAAGUCAGGCACAUCACUCGAUCGAAUCAUCAAGCAGAAUGUUUACCUUACCGACUUCGAUGAUUUCGAGGCAUUCAACCAGGUGUCGGCCGAAUAUUUGGGCGACCACAAGCGGGUAAAAGCUACCAUGAAGGCACUCGAACUGCCUAAGAAAGCUAAGAUGGGUCUAGACGUUGUUGCGGCCUAG